CCUUAUAAAUCUCAAUUUUUCUAUUUGACUCUUGCACUAUAUUAAAAGACUCUUAUCUAUUUGUAACUUCAAGUCACCUUUCAAAUAAUAUAUUAAUAAUUUUUUUAUGUAUUAAGAGAGGAAACCUUGUUUCUCAAAUUUUCAUACUUAUUAUUAUGGCUAGAAUUCUAAAACCAUCCAAGUGGUUCUCUAACAAAAGUCUUAAACUUAGGUCAAGAUCUUCCAAUUCAUCAUCAUCAUUAUGCUCUCCAAAAUCUCCAAUUUCAUUGUCUACCACACCAAAAAAUAACAAGAAUGAAGAUGAUAUGGGAUUAAGAGAGGUUUUCAAUCACUUUGAUAGUGAUGGAGAUGGAAAAAUUUCAGCCUAUGAGUUAAGGUCAUAUUUUGGGUCAAUUGGUGAGCACAUGUCUCAUGUGGAAGCUGAAAGGGUGAUUCAAUAUCUCGAUGCCGACGGCGACAACUUGUUGGAUUUCAAUGAUUUUAUUAAGUUGAUGAAAGGUGAAGAAGGAAGUGGUGAUGAUAAAGAUCUUAGAAAGGCUUUUGAAAUGUUUUUGUGGGAAGAGAAAGAAGAUUGUAUUACACCAAAAGGGUUGCAAAGAAUGUUGCAACGUCUUGGAGAUGAAAGGUCUUAUGAAGAGUGUGUGGUCAUGAUUGAUGCAUUUGAUAUUGAUCAUAAUGGAGUUCUUGAUUUCAAUGAGUUUCAUCAAAUGAUGGCUUAGUGAAUAUUAAUCUUUAGUAAAAUGAGAUUUAGAAUUGCAAAAUUUCAAGAUGAAUGCAUAUAAUAUAAACGUAAAUAUAUCGUGAUGAGUGAGUGAGUUUGGUAUAGUGUCAAAUAAAAAAGAAAGGAUUAUUGAAAUUUGUGUAUGUUUUGUAUACUUUUCUUAAAGUAAAUAUUAUGAUCCCAUUGAGAUUUGAAAUCCGAAGUAUUUUGUGGCCAAGAUCAAGCCAAUGCAAGGGUUAAAUUCAUGCCAAAAAUUUAGGAAAAAUGCUAUUGUCUUUGAUAGAAAAUAGGUAUAUAGGUUCAAGCAUAGUUAGAAGCUGGCAACAUGUCACUACUGUUUUGAAUUUGGAAUGGAUCUUUUCGAUAAUGCCA